GAGCAACCAAGAUUCAAUCUCGAGAACGCCGUUGAAAUUUCCGAUGAGGACAUGAGUCGCUCUCCUCGGAAGCCAAGAGGAAGUUUUACUGAUUAGUUUUAGAGACAGAUUGUUGUAUCUAUAGCAUGCAUUUGCAUGUGAUUCUGUCUCUGUGUGUUGUGUGUUUGUGGGAUUAAAAAAAGGAGAGAGUAGACAGAAGGAAACAUAUUUGCAUCGGUAGUUUCAUCAGAGAUUUUCGUUACCGGAAACUCCAAAGAUUUGUAAAUUUCAUUGUUGUUUCCGUCUGCUGUUGUUUUCUAUUUUCCGUUUAAAUUCAUCCUUCUUCGUUUUAAUAAGCAUAAUUAAGAAAGAUUCCUGCUUUUAUCAAAGUAUUGAAUGGCGAAUGCAUCCGGGCUGUUUACUCCGACGGUGCCCACCGUGAGGAGGAGAUUUUCUCCGCCUUUAGGCAUUUACCGAUCUGGGUUUUGGUUCUCGGACGGUGUUUCGAGGAGAACAGUGUGUUCGAGUUCUACUCAGGGUGCGGAGAAGCUUUCCCCUUCUGGAUCUCGAGUGCCCAGACUUGCCGGCAAAGGCUGCAAAUUAGUUGGAUGUGGCUCUGCAGUACCAACUGUUCAGAUAUCUAAUGAUGACCUCUCAAAAAUUGUUGAUACAUCUGAUGAAUGGAUAUCUGUUCGGACUGGAAUACGGAAUCGAAGAAUACUUUCAAGGAAAGAUAGUUUGAUAGAUCUCGCUGCAGAGGCUGCAAAGAAAGCUCUCCAGAUGGCAGAAGUUGAUCCAGAUGACGUGGACCUUGUAUUGUUGUGUACUUCAACUCCAGAAGAUUUAUUUGGCAGUGCUCCACAGAUUCAGAAAGCACUUGGCUGUAAAAACAAUCCAUUGGCUUAUGAUAUCACGGCAGCCUGCAGCGGUUUCAUUCUGGGCCUGGUUUCAGCUGCUUGCCACAUUCGAGGCGGUGGCUUCAAUAAUGUUCUUGUGAUUGGGGCCGAUGCUCUAUCUCGCUAUGUUGAUUGGACUGAUAGAGGCUCCUGCAUUCUCUUUGGAGAUGCUGCUGGUGCUGUUCUAGUACAGGCUUGCAAUAGUGAGGAAGACGGUUUAUUUGCUUUUGACAUGCACAGUGAUGGUGAAGGUCAAAGGCACCUAAAGGCAGGCAUAAAGGAAAAUGAAACAGAUAAAGAGCCGGGUACGAAUGGUUCACUCGUCGGACUUCUACCAAAAGGUUCCGCGUACUCCUGCAUACAGAUGAACGGUAAAGAGGUCUUCCGUUUCGCCGUUCGUGCUGUUCCACAGUCGAUUGAAUCAGCUUUAGAGAAGGCAGGUCUCACGGGAUCUAGUAUAGACUGGUUGCUUCUUCAUCAGGCAAAUCAGAGAAUUAUCGAUGCAGUCGCCACUCGUCUAGACGUUCCAUACGAACGUGUCAUAUCUAACUUGGCAAAUUAUGGUAAUACAAGCGCUGCCUCGAUACCACUGGCUUUGGACGAAGCUGUACGAAGUGGGAAGGUCCAAGCCGGUCAUACUAUCGCAACUGCUGGUUUUGGAGCCGGCCUCACAUGGGGCUCUGCCAUCGUUAGAUGGGGAUGAUAGGUAUGUUGGAAUGGAGGAUAUGCUUAUGCAAUUUUGUUUGAUCGACAUGAAUAGCAUUUAUUUUUUUCCCUUCCUCUAUUUGCUCUUCUUUUUUGUCGUUCGGAUGCUAGUUUUCGACGUUUCCUGGGCUGUAAUCUCUAACUGUAAAUUAAGAAAAUUUCUUUCUGAUGUGGGAUGGUGUCUUUCUGUAGCAGUUUCCAUUAUUCAUAAUUUCAUAAAGUUGACAAUA